UCAAGUUUGGGAGCAAAAGCUAGUAGUUACGGUGGAACUAGUGUAAACAAUUUGUUGUACUAGGACCGCCAGAGAUUCUUCAUAGUUAGGUAGCUACAACGUUUCCUACUUUAUUUGUCCAGGUUUUCGCAUCUUCGUAAGUCAUAAACCAGUUAGCUACCACAAGUGCAGUAAAAAAUUGACACAGAGUUACUGUAUAAUUGUGUUGAAUACUAGCUAGCUAACUAAAUGACGACUAAGUUGAGUUUGCGGAAGUUAUCCACAGCAGUACAGUACCAGCUGGUGUUGUUUUUGUUAGCUUGCUAGUGUAAUCGCUUUUAUUGCAUUUGAACAGAUACUAGCGCUAGCGUACGUUAUCCUUGUUGGCAUGGUAAGGUAACGUUAGCCAUACGUCUGUUUAAAUCUUGGCGCUAGUUAGCAGAUUUGUUAGCCAGCUAUGCUAGCUAUCGUGUAUACAAACAUUUCCCGUGUGCAUCGCAUUUUAAUUCAUGAAUAAUGACGGAAGUUGAUAACAUUUUGGCUUGUUCAGAGUCAGUGACUGAAGAAAAUCAGAAUUAUUUCUUCAGUUCUACGUUGGAACAGUUAUUUACUGCUAAAACACGUACAUUUAAAAGUGACAAAACUGACUCGGUAGCUGUCAUCGGACUUCAGAGAUAUUUAACCGAAGACCAAUCUGUUGUAGGACAACACCAACCUGACAUUUACAGCUAUGAUAUAACAGUGACGGAUGGGGUCUGGCAGGCCAAGUGCAUUCUUGACCGUGGUUUAAAUUAUCUGGUAGAGAAAAAUAUUAUUCGUAGUGGAAUUGAAAUUAAAAUCACCCAAUGUUCUUUUCUUUACAACGAGAGAAGAUUGGGACAUGGUUGUGUCUGUAUCGAGAAGAUUGAAUAUGGUUCUCUGGAAUCUGAUGUUUUGCGCAAGAUUAAGGACUUAGAUUCCGUCCCGAUGCUAUCAAAGGAUGGCUUUGGAAACAUGGCAUUGCAAUGUGAUGCACCUCUUCAAGUGGGUCGCAAACAUUAUCUGUCUCUUUGGAAUAACGAGGAUCCUGAAGGCAGAAUAUGGGUUCCAGAUAUUCCCCCGUCAGAUGUGGUGCUGGAUGUGUCCAAGACUACGCUCCUUUGUCAUCUAGAGUCAUCACUUGGAUGUAUGUUUCAACCACUCCCCCUGUUAGUGAGGGUGAUACAUAAAUCAAGACUGCGGUAUUAUGGAAAGCCUGGACUCAAGAUUGAGUACCCAUAUCAGGCCUACUUUGAGGUUGCAGACCAGAGUGGCACCAUGUCCCUUGUCCUGUGGAAUGAGUUGUGCCUGGAAUGGUACCAGAGACUGAAUGUUGGAACUGUGCUUUACCUGCAAAACUACUCCAUCAAGCAGAGCUAUCAAAACAGGUCACGACCUCACAUAGAUAACCACAGGAUGAAGAGCUUUCACUCAGUAGAAGUUUGUCUGAAUCCAUGGAAUCCCACUGCAGUUCUUACUGUGGUUCCAGCUAAGAGUGUACCAUCUCAAUGGGGCUUGCCUGAGGUUUCCUACAACUUCACUACUAGAUCAGAGUUGGAGAGCUUGCUGAACAAUUCUGUGUGUGAUGUCAUAGGUUUGGUUACUUUUGUGAGUCGGGUGGAGAGAAUCAGGAGUAAGGGGAACAAAGGCCCAGAGAAAUAUUGGACCUACCGCUGGGUUCAUGCAGUGGAUGGAACGUCCAGCAUUCCUUUCAUUUUGGAGAUUUAUGCUUCUUCGCAACCAGAAAUAUUUAAUGGGAUAUACCCAAUGACAUACCUGGUCUGCACUCAGAUGAGGAAAUGUCAAGACCAAGACUCACUGCCGUACCUCACCAGCAGCUGUGAGACACAGAUAUUCACCACAGGAUAUCACAAGGGCCAGCCCUAUGUGUUAGACAAUAGAGUGAAAAGCUUUAUCCAGUGGACCAAGACUCUGAAGGACACCGUCAUGAUGAAGAAAACUGUUGUUGGUGGCCAUUACAGCUUUCCUCAUGCCCCUCAAAUCUUCACACAGUCCCUGGCAGACGGAUCAGCACAAGUUCCUCUAGUUGCUGCAGUUGACCUGAAGAGGGAGAUAGAGAGUCUGCGUUAUCGUGAGCACAAGCGGUUGGCAAUCCAAGGACAGAUCAAGGCUGUGCAGUAUAUGAUAUGGCCAGAGGAGGCAUUGUCGGACCAGCAAAUGUUUCAGUCAGGGGUUGGGAAUAUUAUGGAUGUACCCGACCCACCCAGUGGUCAGAAGACUAUAGAAGUGACUGAGAUAAGCCAAAACACUGUGCCCUCUGGUGUGCAGAGCUCGUCUAGUACACGGAAAAGGAAACAACCCAGGAAAAGAAAGAUGAUGCGUUGCUACCUUCCUCAUGCCAGGAUUGACAAGAACAGUGAGGCUGGCCAAGACUUUACUGAAGAGGAGCCAGGUGAACAGGAAGAGCAGAGUGAUCCAGGAACAGAGGAAGACAUUGGUACAAUAGAAAACAACCCAGAUCAAACCAUAGCCAGUGGACUACAAGUUCCAUCAGAAAUUCCACAAAGUGAAGGCAAUACUGGAGUGAGAGCUGUUGCAAACUGUUACACAUCGUGGGAAAGCAGCUCAUGGCAGGAGCAGAAAAAAGAAGUGUCUGAGUAUUUGCGUCCUGGUGGUGUAUACCUGGAGAGCCUUUCUCAGAGAUUCAGAUUUGAUGACAAGAACAUUUUGCUGCAGCAGAGUAACCUCCAUGCUGCCAGGUGGACUCCAGAGGAAACUGCACACACCCUCUCACCAGUAGCCUGCAAAGGAUACUACAGAAUCACAAUAUUAGGUAUAAACCAGCAGAUGGCCAUUGAUGCUGCCUUUGUUCCUGUGAUGUCAUCUGGGGACCCCAGAUCCUUAGGUCUACCUCAAGACCCCCAUGACAACACUCUUCUGUCUUGCCUGUCUUCAGGCUUCAUCUGCCCUCUCACAGACCCCCUGUUCCAGAAUGAGGCUGCUCUCCCUGAACCAGAGGAGAUUUUGGCAACUGCUGAGGAGCUGAAAGACACAAAUUUUGUGUUGAUCAUUGACCUCUGCCACCUGGGAGGAGAGAAAGUAGAGCUUCUCAUUACCAAGGUGUAUAGAAUGACAGACAUUGCUUUAGUAUAGAUAUUGGACUGCAUUAUGUGUUGUCUUGUCAAACAACUAUGAAAUACUUUUAUUUUUUUAACAUGAUAAGCCAGACAUUUGUUAAUGUUUAUAAUACUGGAGAUAUGUUUGUUGCUAUUGUUUCAGUCAAUUGUCUUUUUUAAACGGGGGUUUUGAAUAUCUUGAGAAAAGUAUUUAAAUAUCAAAUACAAAUAAAAUGCAAAUGUCCACAA